GAGAGAGUCAACACGAAGCUCAGGCAUGUUGAUAUCGCCAAUAUGUUGCUCAAGCAGGAGCAUGAGAAGGGAUCCUUCGAGCUCCAUUACAUGGCCACAAACGACAUGCCCGCCGACGGACUCACAAAGAACCUGACUAGGCAGAAAUUCGAGGACUUCAGAAAGCACAUGAGCCUCGAAAACAUCAGUCACAUGCUCCCACAAGCGAAAUAGAGCGCAGAAACAACGGCGCAACGCGCGCCAACACUUUCAUUUGUUCUUUUCGGGGCUCGGCGGGCCCCCCCCCC